AUGGCAGCAGAGAUUGUCACUUCUGCAGUUGCCCAGGAGGCUGUCAAUCAGGUCCUAUCAAGAUUCAAGGACAGGUGUGAGCAGAACUCAGAAGCAAAGGACCGAAUCGAGAGGAUGGAGAUGGCACACAUCAAGCUAGAGGCUGCCCUCGAGACAUCCAACAAGUGGAACAUCACCACCAGCGCUCCAUUGCUGCGAUGGCAGAGCAAGCUCAAGCGCACUGUGCAGGAGUGCGACCACACUCUUCGCAGGUGCAGGCAGCGCCUGCACGAAGAGGAAGAGAUGCAAAACAGUGUAAGGAGCUCCUUUCCUAAGCAGAUUGCUUAUGCUGCCAGGUCGUUCGUCUCGUCCAUCUUUAGCCGUGGCAGCGAGGAUGAGCUGAGAAGCUCUGCUGCCGUCCGGCGGUUCGAGAGGUAUGCAGAUGGUGCGAGUGAGUUCCUGAGGUAUGUGGAGCUUGGUGGCACACCACGUAGAUAUAUGUUCUUUGACCCUCUUAUACGCCAUCUUCUCGCUGGCAAAAGAACAAAGUAUUGCUUUGUUCGCGGGAGUCAACAUCUGUCGUUUCUUUUACAGCCUUUUAGAACACAUGACCAUGGGGUGGAUGGUGCCCUAGUAUUGUUACUUAAAGAUAGCAAUGCAUCAGAGAACAAUUUUCUUCUUGCCCUCAAUUUACGGCUUUCCGAGAGUAUCGACAUAGUUGGUGUUGCAGUAAGCUGCCUACAGCUAUUCAUACCUCACUUGAGCUCAACAGUCGAGGCCGUGAAGACAAAGCUCACCCAGCUACCAACACAAGACUUGUGCUGGGUAUCAUCUGUUUGUGAACGCCAAAACAAUCUUUACAGCAUCCGUUCAAAAUGGUUUCAACCGAACCCGCUUUGUUGUCAGCAACAAGAUCAUUACUAUGCCCAGAGCUACAAUGCCACAAGCUCAUCAUCAGAAUCAUUGCUCUGUGAUAUAUACUUGGAACCAGUUAUGCAUGUGUACUUGUUGGCCCAUGUAUCACUCUCAGUUGAGAAGAACAAGCAAAGAGCGGUCAUCGAUGAAGAAAAUUUGUCGCCGAGAGUUGAGGGUUCAGCAACAGAGAUGAUCAACGGGGAGGCCGUGCAACAUGGCAGUUUUUGUGCGAACAUUUCCUGCUUUGAACAACUGUGCAAGAUGAUGCUACCAAAGGCGGUAGAUUGCCUUCAUGGGAAUGUUGCAGCUACCUCAUAUCAGAUGCUGUGGAAGUCCAAGCAUGGUGGCGCAUUUCUUCGGGUUGAGAAUAUCCCAUGGAGACUAACCACUCAGAAAGACAUGGGUGGAAAACGUUCUGAACGACAGCAGGUCAAGAAGGUACAGGGAUGGGCAAGUGUGAAUAAUGAGUUCAUGAACUCGUGGAUUGCGCACGCACCUGCCAAGUUUCUGGGCUCAGCCAUGGACUGGAUUCAGACAGAGAAGCGACUGCCCCAACCGUUAUUAUUCAUAACUAAUUCCUGCGUUCAUGAUUGUCCAAUCAAGUUGCUCUCUUUGCAAUAUUACAGAUCUUUUGCAAGUAAGAUAAAGUCAUUCAGCAUGUUCAAUGCCUAA